CACUGAUCAACAUCCACAUCUCACCACCACCACCACUCACUCUCAGCCUCGCCUCCUCUGUCUCUCCCACCCGAAUCCGAUCCUCAGCCUCGGCUUCACACUGAACUUUCCCUCAAUCAAAAUAUCGAUUUACCUUAAUAAUCCAUACAAAAACCAAAAAAAAACAAAACCAAACCAAAAACCAAACCAUGUCAUUCUCCAUCCCAUUCGGUUCUCUCAUUCCCUCCAGACCACCACCAGCACCACCCAACCAACAACAACAACAACAACAAAACCAACAACAACAUCAACAAAAAGAAAACCACCUAUCCUCCUCAUCAUCCUCAACCUCUUCAACCUCACCCUACCAACACCACCACCAGUCAUUCAACCAACGAAGCUCACUCCAUCAGUCCAUCACAUCUGGUCAUGCACCUUCGAUCCUCUCAAAAUCAACAAGCAGUAUGAUCGGAUCAGCACCAUUCCCUUCCAACCCUUCAAGCCCUUCCCUCUCUGGCUCAAACCUAGCACUCCAACCCAACCCAACAACGAUCGUCCGAAGAGGGUUUGCCAAACUCAAGGAGGACGGGCUAAGAUCUUGGAUCUGGUCACAACGAUGGUUGAUACUCAGAGAACAAACCUUGACUUUCCAUAAGAACGAGACCACCUCCACCGCAGCUGCCUUGAUCUUCCUCAAGGAAAUCACCAACGUCACCCGAACCGAUCUAAGACCCUACUGCUUAGAGGUCGAGACUAAGGAUAAGACCUACAACCUAGCACUCAAGAACGAUGAGGAACUCUACGGCUGGAUGGAUGACAUCUACUCCCGAUCACCCCUCAUGGGCGUAUCAAAUCCAACUAACUUUGUCCACCAGGUUCACGUCGGAUUCGAUGCCGUCUCUGGCGCAUUCACCGGCUUACCCGAGCAAUGGACCAGACUCCUCACCAGUUCUGCGAUCACCAAGGAGGAUUAUGCCAAGAACCCUCAGGCGGUCCUCGACGUACUCGAGUUCUACACUGACAUCCAGAAACGGGAGAACGAGGAGUAUCCGAUCGGAUCCGGUGGCCAUCAACACCAGCAAUCCAUCGAUACCUCCAAACUCGAUCACUACCACCACCAACACCAACACUCCGAAUCCACUCACCCCUCACCCAACAUCCAAAACAACAACUCACAAAACUCCUCCAAUACCGGCUUCUCAUCCUAUCCCUCCCGAACCGCCCCCUCUCCGGUCAUCCAACACUCCGAGUCCUCUAACCAUUCUGCUGGUCUUGGUGAUCCCGGCCAGUCCUCCUCCUCGACCAACUUCCCACGAAUCAACAACCCACAACCAUCUCAGUCCCGGCCGAACCUAGUCCCACAACGUGUCGCACCGGUGGCCCCAUCGGCCACCCCGGGCUCCGGCGGACUUAAGCCGCUGAGCCUGUCCUCCUCUGCCUCCCCACGUCCGCCAGUCCAACCACCCCGAGAGAGCGCAAAGCAACUAGCGCCGGCCAAGACCCAAGGGCCUAAACCUCUCACUCUCGGCCAGCCCCGGCCCGCCAACGGGGCUACCACUACCACCACCACCACCAACAACAACAACAACAACACGGGCACCGCCAAGCCCUCAGGCAAUGCCGUCCCCGCUAAACCGGCCGCCUCAGCCCCACCGAGUCAAGAGACCAACCAACCAGCACAAGCACCGAUCAAGGCACUCCAGACGGUCAAGAAACAGGAGGCCAAACAGAACGAACGAAGGAUCUCGAGUCUGACUGAGGCGCAAAUCAUGGCGAAGCUUAGGACGGUAGUCUCGCCACAAGAUCCGAACCAGAUCUAUGCAAAGAUCAAGAAGGUUGGACAGGGGGCCUCAGGCUCGGUGUAUGUGGCUAAGACCUUGGCCACCGGAGCUAAGGUGGCCAUCAAACAGAUGGACCUCAAAGUCCAGCCUCGUAAGGAACUUAUCGUCAACGAAAUCCUCGUCAUGAAAGAAUCCCAACACCCCAACAUCGUCAACUUCCUCGACUCUUUCAUCGUCCGUGAUGACGAACUUUGGGUGGUCAUGGAGUUCAUGGAGGGCGGAGCGUUGACAGAUGUGAUCGAUAAUAAUACGAUGGAGGAGGAUCAGAUCGCUAGUAUUUGCUUCGAGAGUUGUAAGGGAUUGCAACAUUUACAUAAUCAAAGCAUCAUUCAUCGAGACAUCAAAUCAGACAACGUGCUAUUAGAUGCGCAAGGACAUGUGAAGAUCACCGAUUUCGGGUUCUGUGCCAAACUGACGGACCAGAAAUCGAAGCGGGCGACGAUGGUGGGCACGCCGUAUUGGAUGGCCCCCGAGGUCGUCAAGCAGAAGGAGUACGGCGCUAAGGUCGAUAUCUGGUCCCUCGGAAUCAUGGCGAUCGAGAUGAUCGAGAACGAACCGCCGUAUUUGGACGAAGAGCCGCUCAAGGCUUUGUAUCUUAUCGCUACUAAUGGUACUCCUACUCUUAAAAAACCGGAACGAUUGAGUAAAGAACUCAAGAACUUCUUGGCGGUCUGUUUGUGUGUAGACGUGAAGAGUCGAGCGACGGCUGACGAACUCAUCCAACAUGAGUUCUUGAAAAAAUCAUGUACUUUGGCCGGGUUGGCGCCCUUGCUUAAGUUCAAAACUUCCUCGAGAUGAUCCCUCUCCCGCUCCCUCUCUGACUCAAUUUCAAUCGGUUUCAAUCCACCUCUCUACAUCUUCUUCCUUCCUUCCUUCCUAUCUCUCUUUUUUAUCAAGUCAUCAUCCCCUUUUUUUUAUUUCUUUUAUACUUGAUAUAUAUAUUGGUGUGUGUUUGUGUGUGUGUGUGUUUUGUUUGAAGACGACUUAAAAGAAAACGACGUGUCUCUCCUUAUCUCUCUCUCUCUCUCUCUGCUGUUAUCUCUCUUCCUUGUUUUUUUCCCUUAUCCAAUAAUGAUCAUAAUGAAAGUCUCGUUUCCUUUUCCUUUUUUUUCCUCAUCUCAUUCUCAUCCUCAUCUGCCCCACACAUGCAGUCCUAUUUGUUUGGUUGGUUGGUUGGCUAGUUUUUUUGUAUUCUCUCAGACGCCUCAUGACUCUCAACAAUCCUCUCCCAUUUUUUUGUUUUGUUUGUUUUGUUUUCUGAAACGGUUCUGUUGUUUUUUUUUGUAUAUAAUAUACAAUAUAAGCGUAUAAUGUUAUGAUAGAAUCACCCCAAAUCGAUGAGCAUAUUGAGUCUCAGUGUUGCAUAUAAAUCACAUCAAGAUUGGUAGUCAUGUCAUGUCGUGUCGUGUCAUACAUCUAUCCAUAUAUAAACAUAACAUAUCUUCUUUCUUUCUCUUGCUGGCUUGCUUGAUUUAAAGUAAUCCGAUUACUUUCUUUAUUGGUUUGGUUGAUGAAUACACUGGUCCUGUUUUUUUUUUUUUUUUAAUCAUCAUGCAAUCAUACAAAUGAACCAAGCCG